CUCCCAGCGACCACCGCGCUUCCGGUUGGCAAGAUGGUGGCGCGCAGGAGGAAGCGUGCGGCGCGGGACCCUAAAGAAGGGAUCCCGAGCCCGCCGGGCUACUCAGCCAUUCCAAUCAAGUUCUCGGAGAAACAGCAGGCUUCUCAUUACCUCUACGUGAGAGCGCACAGUGUCCGCGAGGGCACCAAGUCUACCUGGCCUCAGAAGCGCACCCUUUUUGUCCUCAAUGUGCCCCCGUACUGCACAGAGGAAAGCCUGUCGCGCCUGCUGUCCCCCUGCGGCCCUGUCCAGUCUGUGGAGUUACAGGAGAAGCCAGACCUUGCCGAGAGCCCGAAGGAGUCAAAGUCAAAGUUUUUUUACCCCAAGCGUGUUCCGGGGUUCCAGGUAGCCUAUGUGGUGUUCCAGAAGCCAGGCGGAGUGUCAGCUGCCUUGACCCUGAAGGGCCCUUUGCUGGUCUCUACAGAGAGUCAUCCCGUGAAGAGUGGCAUUCACAAGUGGAUCAGUGACUAUGCAGACUCCGUGCCUGACCCCGAGGCCUUGAGGAUUGAAGUGGAUACAUUCAUGGAGGCAUAUGACCAGAAGAUAGCUGAGGAGGAGGCUAAGGCCAAGGAGGAGGAAGGAGUCCCUGACGAGGAGGGCUGGGUGAAGGUGACCCGCCGAGGCCGGCGGCCCGUGCUGCCCCGGACAGAGGCAGCCAGCCUGCGGGUGCUGGAGAGGGAGAGACGGAAGCGUGCCCGCAAGGAACUGCUCAACUUCUAUGCCUGGCAGCACCGCGAGUCCAAGAUGGAGCAUCUAGCACAGCUGCGCAAGAAGUUCGAGGAGGACAAGCAGAGGAUUGAACUGAUGCGCGCUCAACGCAAGUUCCGACCCUACUGAGUGUCGCUGGCCGCU